AGCUGUAACGGAGCGAAGAGCUGGAGCUCAGUAGUGCGCCCCGGGGGCGGAGAGGGAGGGGAAAGGAGGGAGGAGGGGAGGGAGAGUGAGGAGGAAGGAAAGAGGGAAGCAAUAGCAAAGAAAAAGAAAGAGAAGACCACCAGAACGAGGCCACAGCCGUGGGAGGCGGGGGCUGGGGCUGGCAGAGUAGGGUGCGUAGAGCCCAUAGUCGCAGCUGCCCCGGAGCGCGCUGAGGUCGCCGCCACAGCCACGGUGCAGCUCGAGCUACCGGGAAUCGUGGAGCCUCGGGGGAGCAGGGGACAGAUCCACAACAUGGGCCAAGCCUGAAAGCCACAGGUCAGGGGAGGAAGAGCCCAAAUAAAGCCUGGGCACAGUGGAGAAUCUGGAAUGUGGAAGCUGAGGCCAGUGAGCUGUGCUAUCUCUGCAGGGGCCAGAGCUCCUCACUGAGGCUGGACUGAGGGGACCUUAUUUGGUGCAGAUCUGAGCCCACUUUGCUUCCCUGAGGGUCACCUCUCCUAGGAGGCGUUCUUUUCUUGCAGCCUGGGAGUGAAAGGGCCAUGGAGAUGCCAUCAAAGUUGUUGGCCACUGAACAGCCCAGGAUUUAUGGAGACGCCUGUGGGGAGCAGCUUUGAAUAUUGCCACGCGCAACAUCGCGGCCGCCGGUGAAGAGGCGCCUGCGCCCGGCUGUCACCAUUCAAGGCUCCUGCGAAUGGCUCCCAACGCCCGGCGUCCGCCCGUGGCUGUCCCUGCUGCCUGAGCCCCCCGCUGCUCCCAAGGACUCCCCGUACCCCGAUGGGGUAACGUGACCUAAGACGCCGUCACUGCCCUGAACUUUUCAGUAUCUGCAGAGGCCUUCUCUCCCCAGUCGAGAUCAGUUUUACGUUGCUUCUGUUCCUUGGGGUUUUUUUUUGUUUGUUUAUUUUUUGUUUAUUUUUUUUUAAACUUGGAUCCCCUGUGUUCUUUUGGUUGCCCCACCCCAAAAGUGGGAGAGGGAAGGCUGAAGGAAAGGAGGCUCUGUGAGUGACUGCCUGCUGCUGGAACAACCAGGCUGUGUACUGUCCCCCUGCCCAGGACACCCAGACUGGGGUUCAAAAAACAGCAGGAUCUAUGGUCUUUGUCCUUGAGGCCCUCCUCUCCCUAUCCUACCCCAUAUAAGUAUUUGGCUUCAAGUUCUGGAAUCUUUGCCUGGUUGUUACGUGUAUAGGAGGGCUUUUUUGGGGGUGGGGGGUGAGAUUUUUUUUUAAGUCAGGCUUUUUUGGUGAGGUGGUUUUUUUUUGGUUGUUUUUUUUUCUUUUUAACAGAAUAGAACCCUUGUGACAACCUUAACACGUUCCCAGAAGCCGAUAACAUUUGCACAACAUUUGUGUUGGUUUUGAGGGGUGUUGAUUUUUAACUGUUUUCUCCCCCCUCCUCACAAAGCACAGGGCUCUAUUUUUCUCAUCUGGGUGUUUUAUUUUAUUUUAUUUUAAUUUUUUUUUUGGUGGAAGUAGGGAUCUGACGGGUGCCCUGGUCCUUUUGCACCUCCCCAUACCUGAUCGCUCCUUUCCCUGGCCCCUUUCCUACCUUCCUGCUGCCACAAGAGGCCACACCAUGGCUCGGAUGAACCGGCCAGCCCCUGUUGAGGUCUGCUACAAGAACAUGCGGUUCCUCAUCACUCACAACCCUACCAAUGCCACCUUGAACACCUUCAUUGAGGAUCUAAAGAAGUAUGGGGCCACCACUGUGGUUCGAGUAUGCGAGGUGACCUAUGACAAGACCCCACUGGAGAAAGAUGGUAUCACUGUCAUGGACUGGCCUUUUGAUGAUGGAGCCCCCCCUCCUGGCAAGAUCGUGGAAGACUGGCUCAACCUGCUGAAAACCAAAUUCUUUGAAGACCCUGGCAGUUGUGUUGCUGUCCAUUGCGUGGCUGGUCUGGGGCGGGCUCCUGUCCUCGUUGCUCUGGCUCUGAUUGAGAGCGGGAUGAAGUAUGAAGAUGCCAUCCAGUUUAUUCGACAGAAGCGAAGGGGUGCCAUCAACAGCAAACAACUCACGUACCUGGAAAAGUACCGGCCAAAGCAGAGACUUCGAUUCAAGGACCCACACAACCACAAGAAUAAAUGCUGUAUCAUGUAACCUUGGCAGCAGCCUCUCGCCAAACACAUUUUCACCUGACCCUACCUAGACCCAUCUCUCUCUCUUCCCCUCCCUCCCUCCUUUCUCUCUCCCUCUCUCUCCCUCCCUCCCUCCCUCCCUCCCUCCUCCCCCCUCUCUCUCUUUCUCUCUCUCUCUCUCUCUCUCUCUCUCUCUCUCUCUCUCUCCCCCCCUCUCUUCCUUCCUCCCUCCAUUUCUCUUUCUCUCACUCUGUUUCUCUCUCUCUCUCUCUCUCUCUCUGUGUCUCAUACACACACACACACACAACACACACACACACACACACACACACACAGAGCCUGCCCCUUAUAUGCAGGCUCAGAUGAUUCAAUGGCUGAAGAGUUGGACAGAAGGGACAUUGCCAGAUGUUUGUUCUACCCUAAGUGAAGCAUUCUCUCCUCCCUUACUUGGUCUCUCUUCCCCUUAUCUUUCUCUCCUCUUUUUUUUUCUUUUUCUUCUCAGUUGUCUUUGAUCACAUCUUUUCUCUUAUCCUUGUCUUCUGGCCUUUCUUCCAUAUUUUCUGUAUCACUCUCUCUUCUCUAUCCUCUCUCUCCCAACAAUCAGUCUUCUCUGUUCUCUCCUUUUUUUCCCUCUUCCAAUCUUGUUUUCCUUCUGUCUUCUCUCUCUCUUCUUCCUCCUUCUCUUUCUCUUCCCCAAUAAUUCUGUUUCUUUUUCUUUCUCAGUUUCCCUCUGUCUCUGUCUAUCCUUUCUCUGAAACUAUUGCUGCAACCAGAGGGCAGGAAGUCCAUCCUGCUUCCAGUGGCCCCAGCCUGUCCCUCCCCUCUCUGCUCAAGGGACUCAGCCCAGUCUGGCCACCUGCUUUUGGGGGUGUACUUUCGUUUUCUUUUGGUUUGGUUGAUUUUUUUUAAAGUCCACUUUUCACUCCUGCUCCACUCCUUUCAUCCUUACCCCCACCUCAGCCUUUUGUCAUCAUCACCUUUAAAUUAUUGGACUUUUUGAGGCAAACCAUUGUUCCAGAAACUGAAAUGCAAUAAAAGCCUAACCUGUGGCUGGGCUCUCUCUGCAGGAGGAUGAGGAAGCCCAGGCAGUGCCAACCCAA